AUGGUAUGCCGAUGCUGUCUGUGUGCUUUGAUUUGCUGCCUGCUCAAAGUACCAUGGGUACUUGAGCAGCCUGGCAGCAGCCUUUUGGAGUGGCACCCCUACUUCCAGCUGCUUUGCAAGCGCUUCAAAAUCUUUCGUGCAUUCGUGUGGGUUGGCUCAUAUGGUGGAGGCAGUCCAAAACCCACGUUGCUUUAUUCGAACUACCCUUGGAUCCAGCAGAUGUACCUGCCUCUUCCGAAGCAUGUCGAAUGGGAUGCUGAAAUGAGUCGAAAGUACAUCGAUGGAUCUGGCAUCCAACGUGUUUGCGGAGGGGCUGACCUUAAGCAUAGCCAGUACUACCCCAAGUUGUUUGGCCACGGCUUUGCGCAGCUCUAUGCCAAGCAUGAACAUGAAGUUCGAAAAGAAGUUCGACAACAAGCGCCAUUUGGUUGCAAAGGAACCAGGGGGUAUCCAUUACAAAACAAUUGUCCCUUGAAUGGUGGUUUCAAAAUUAAUGGGGGUUCCAAACCCUUUUUCCUGACCCUGGGAUUUUUGUUUUAA